UGAACGAUAAGUUUGGAUUUUUAAAUUGUAACUAUCAUUAAUAUUUAAUUCAUCGAAUGAAUAUUGUCAGUUUUUGCAUGUCCAAUUAUCACAUAAAACCACAAUGAAAAUCAAUCGCACAUAAAGAAAUCCCGCAUCAGAAAUGAUCGCACUUACAGUGAUCAUGCAUCGCACCAAGUGUCAAAAUGAAUCGCUUUCAAUAACUUUAUUCUAGAUUUUCAAAAUUUAUAAACAGACAAUUUUAGAAAAGUUUGUUAAAUCAUGUCAGUACCGAAGUACUGACUACUGAGCUGAUGAUACCCUCGGGGACUGAUAGUCCACCAGCAGAGGUAUCGACCCAGUGAUGUAAAAAAUUGAAAACAACACGUUUAAUAAUUUCAUGCGUUCGAAGCGCUUUUCUGGAUUUACCUUCAUCAGGAACGCGCAAAGCCAAACAUUUGAAAUCCGAGGGAUGUAUAAGUACCGAAACCGUUGAAGAACUAUAUGACAAAAAUACCAUGCUUAAAUAAAUAGCCAAAUGCAUCUAAAGUCAACUUUGCCUGAGGGAGUUGAAACCUUAGUUUCUUUAUAAUUUCAAAAUUUAUAAACAGACAAUUUUAGAAAAGUUUGUUUCACCAUUAAAGCUAUUCACAAAUUCUACUUCUAAUAGAUUCUUGCUUGUUGCUUAUAACUCUAAAAUUUUAUUUUUCCUGGGAACAUUCUAGAUACAUGUAUAAAAAGAGAUUUUGGAUUUACAUCAAUUAGACAGCAACCUAAAGCAAACAAUAACCAAAAGACACCUAGAGGGCAACAUACAGUCGUCCCCAACCACGUCUUCAAGCCAUUAUUCCACUACUAACAUGACUCUUUAUUCUACUUACUAGUACACUUAUGUACCAUCAAAAUCCUGGUAAUAAAUUUUUCAAAUAAGGUCGCAGAAAUAUAGUGAAAUUAAUUACUUUUGGAGUGUCAAAAAAUCGUAAGAAGCACUUGAUAAAUUGCAUGCUCAUAUUGGUGCUUUCGGAUCUGUUCAUGUUUUGAUUUUUCUACUCUAUAUACCACUUUGCUUCAUAAUCUUAUUAACUCAAAAAUUCACAAACCUAAAUCAAUGGGAAUUUAAAAAGUUUGAAUGUGAAUAUAUAUAUUCAUACUCUCUUAGGUCAAUUUUUAGUAACAACAAACAAAAGAAAUCUGUCAAUUGCAGCUGCUUUGAUCUGAUAACUGCACUUGAAUUUUUACUAGAUAACAUUUUUGUUCACUAUGGAGAUUCUGUAUAUCGCCAAGUUAUCGGAAUUCCAAUAGGGACUAACUGUGCACCACUUAAUGCGAGCCUGUUUCUGCAUUGUGACGAAUCACAAUGUAUGUCUUAAAUCAGCCAAGACCCAUCGAAACAAUCUGAUCCCUGGAUCUUGAUAUCUAUAUCUCUAACGGGAAGCUUAUCACUAAAAUUUACGAUAAAGGAGAUGAUUUUCCAUUUCCUAUUAUUAAUUAUCCGUUUUUAGAUGGUGACGCUCCCUUGGAACCGUCGUAUGGUGUUUAUAUAUCUCAACUUGUUCCAUUCUCUGGAGUAUGUAACAACGCAUUUGAUUUUAACGAAAGAAAUCUCUGUAUUACUGACAAAUUAUCACACUAGGGUUUUCUAGAUCCAAAACUUGUCAAAACUUUUACUAAAUUUUAUCAUCGCUACAAGGACAUCAAUCGAAAAUAUAAAGCAACGAGCAGACAUCUUAUAUGUUUAAGUAUUUCACGUCCUAUUUUUUAUGGUAAUAUUCUACAUAAAGCACAAAAAUGUCGUUAUUCACCUGAAAAGCUAACCAAUCCUUUAAUUAGACUUAUUUACAAAGAAUAUAGUUACGAUAUUGCUGUUAAGUCAUUAAUGAUGGCAUUUAUUUGGAAUUAAUAUUGAUUCACUCAUAUAGGGUCUAUACAUCAGAAAUAACCACAUCUAUUCUAAAACCAGUCGUUUGCAUGAUAUGGGUUAUGUUCUUCCGAGUCGUAUAAUGUAUAAUAGCAUGAUACUAAACCACUUACAGGAGAGAUUGUACUUAAUAGACAUAAUCUUUCAACCAGUUUAAUUGACGUCUGGAGUUGGCAAGUCCGUAACCGCUAGUAGUACUUUGUUAAUUUAUGUUUAUCAUUGUCAAUUUGCUUAUUUUCUUAAGUUACCUAUUCUAACAUCGGACUCGAUCUUCUUUAAGACCUAGUUUUUCUGUGCGUUUUGUUGCGUGUUUGUCUAUUCCAUAUUGGCUAGAGGAAUAGGGGAGGGUUGAGAUCUCACAAAACAUGUUUAACUUCGCCGCAGUUAUGAGCCAGUCCCUAGUCAGGACCCUCUCGCCUUUGUUAGUCUUGUGUGCGUGUUUUUCGGGUGUUUUUUUGGUUUGGUUUUUUUUUAAUUUAUUUGUAUUUUUCGGAGUUUAGUGGGGCGUCCUGUAUUGAAGACCCAUUGAUUGUCUAGGGCUGUUUUCUGCUCUUUGGUCGGGUUGUUGCCUUUUUUAUUUUCAUAAAUAAAGGUGGCGUUUAUUCAGACGCAACACAAAAUCGGCAAUUUAGAAAACUAACUUUACUUCACCGGUCUAAUCGCCUGUUUAUUUAGGACCAUUUAGGUAAAUUAUUAGUUUGUUUAAUAAUAAUUUCUUGGAAUCUGUACUUGAAUCCUUGCUAAUGAUUUUUUAAAAUCAUGGUAACCUUUCAACACUGAAGUGUCAAUAAUAAAUCAACCGGUUCAUCUACUAAUAUAAUGAUCUAUAAAAAUUGACAUAAUUUUUACCAGCUUGAAUAAUUCUAGUUUUUUUUUUGUUGCUAUUUCCCGAGCCAAAUAUAUUAAAUCUUUUUGUUUGUUCCGCUCCUAUCAAACUAUCAAAUGCAGCAAAAUCCUAUUCGGAACCCUACUAAAUACGGAUUUUCGCACUAUAUAGGCGUUCUGUCUAUAUUAAUACAAUAGGGGCAUUGGGGAUAAAAGUGUCAAUGCAUAUAAAAAGAGCUGUGUUUUAUAUACAUUGACACUAUUUUCUUCUCAUUGUCCCAUUUUUAAUAAUAUGAAUAGAACAUCUAGUGCCUGGGAAUUAGUCCAGUAGUACUGCUGAAAAAUACAUAUUUUUGACGGAAACAAAUAAUUGAUUUUACAUUUAUCGAAACUUAAGUAUAAAUAGCAAGAUAAAAAAAUCUUUUAUCAAGACUAUAAGUCUUCACCCAAACCAUAACUUUAGUUGUAACGAUAGUCCUUGUUUGCAUUUGACGUUUCAAGUUUAAAUAGUACAUACAUUUAGUGCAUAGACAUAUUCUUAAAUCUAUAUAUAUUCUUAGUUCAUGCACUUUGUGUUUAAAUUUUAUGAAACAUUAAAUGAACCUUUACAAUCGCCAUUUAUCUGUAAAAUACCUAUUAGCGGGGAUAGAACUAAUCCAGUAGGUGCAAAGAUAGUAUGUUUGUGUUGUUGACUAUUUGCGUAAGACAAGUUUGUUAAAAGAACAAUUCAAAAUGGAUCAUGUUUCGAUAGAAUUAGAGGAUUCCAAUACCAAUGCUGACUUUAGUCCUGGUUUGAUACGAUUAAAUCUUAAUAUAAUGACCGCUCUUGAUAUGUAUGUGAUUCAAGACGCAAAGCAAAACAUAGAAACGCUUUUAAGAAAAGAACAUCCUAUUGUUGAAAACGUUCAGAAAAAUAUUAUUGCCAUUCUGAAGACUAAAAUACCGAGAGAACGACAAGAAGGUAGAGUUGAUCUAGAAAACAUUUUGAAGAAGUCCCCCAGAAAUUUAAACGUACUAGCAGAUUUGGAGUAUAUUUACAAGGAGUUAGAUCGAUCCAAAGAUGCCGAGGUUUGCAAACAAACAAUUUGUGAAAUAAUGUCAGGAACCUCCAAGAAUGACUUUCAUUGCAAGCAAAUAUGUUUGCUAGAACAAGGAUAUGCAAUACUGAUAGAGAGAACCCUUAUUAACCAAAGUACAGUGGAAUUGAGGAUAGCCGAUUUACACAAAAGUCUUAGUACAGAACUUGAAAGAAGUCAGGGAAGGAGAAAAGAUUGUUUCGACAGAGGACUUCACCACCAAAUGCAAGUCCUACGUAAUGUCCGGAAUGCAAACGAAGACGAGGUCCAGGACGGACAUCUAGUUCGAAAAGGAUCUAGUCUUCAAAAAUUUAAAUUAGCUGAGACGUUAGAUGUAUCUUUGCCAAACAUAAUAUGGAAUUACUACUAUGCUAAAGCAUUAAAUCAGUAUUAUGAUUCUUUGGAAACAGUUCUCAAAUAUAAAGAUCCUAUAAAAGAAACAAUGACGCAAAGUAAAAGAAACAAAGAUGAAUUGGAACAAGUUGCAAAAGAUGACGUAACAGAAGAAAUGAAAAAAAUCACAUUGAAAGCAGUUGAAAAAUUUUGGAUGAUAUCUCAAACUCAAAUAAACGGUGAUGUCAUAGUCCGAACAUUUGUUGCAAGGUCUUAUGCUUACAUUGGACAAAUAUUGAUGAAACGUGGAGCUAUGGUGCUAUCAUCCGAACACUCCUUUAGCUUAAAUUCGAAUACAAUCUUCAAAGGUUUUACAGAUAACCCACUUAAGUCUGCAAAAAUAGCUUAUAAGCUGAAACCAGAUGAUGUUACUGUUUUAACUAGAUAUGGAAGAACUCUGUGGAAUAAAUCAGUGUCUAUUACUGACAACACCGAAAAACUAGUUUUACUUCAGAAAGCGGAUGAUAUUCUUGCACGUUCAACUGAUACGAAAGACACUGGAAAUUGGUUUGCAUUCUCCACUAGAAUGGUUGUUAGGAAACAAAUGUCAGAAAUCCUAGGUAAAACAAAUAUUGACUUAGCUGAGAAAUAUCUGCUGAAGGCAAGAGAAGACGGUGAAAACAUUUUCAAAUCUCAAAAUACACGAAAAGAUAUAACCAUUUUAGCUGAAAUUUGUCAGAAACUUGCAAAGUUUCCUUACACUUAUAAGUACGGACAAAAGUUUGUACACACAAAUGGUCAUAUACAUCAAGCUUUAGACUAUCUUUUCUACGCCUCUUAUUUAGGUGAUCGUCCUGAUUUUCACUUUGCCAAUAGAAAAGCAUCAUGUCUUUUCGACCUCGGUGAAUAUGCUCAUGCCAUUGAAUGGCAGAGUAAAGCUUGGCUACUUUCAUCACCUUCAACCCAGAAGUCGUUUAACUUAAUUUGCAGUUAUAUGGUGUCAAUGUUCGAAGAUGAUUUGCAAGUACCGAUUGAGCAGCUCAUUAAAGAGUUUUUGUACGCUCUUAUAUAUGGCAAAAGAAAAUACCAGGAUAUAUCAUUGAGUAUCAAAAAUCUGUAUAAGAAAAACCAGAAAGGACUUUUGAAACUGCUUAAAGCAAUUAUCGCUCACACGAAAACUACACUACGAGCGACAGAAAAAGACGUUCUUACCGAAUGCCUUGAAAUUUGGACAGCUAUUGCAGAUACUGAUUAUGUAGGACAGUAUUCAACAUUACAAACUAUUUUGAAAGAUGUGAUACCACGACAAGAAAAUGAGUAUGUACUCGCAGAAAUAUUUCAUCAAACAUCUUUGAAACCUCUAGCUGUGGGUAGAAAGGCAUGCUCCAGAGAUUUUGAGUAUGAUUUUUUCAUAUCUCACAGUCAUAAAGACGAAGACUGGGUGACAAACAUUUUACUUCGAUAUCUGGAGAGCCAGUUUGAUGAACAAGACGUGGCGUUUAAAGGUUGCAUUGCCGACAGAGACUUCAUUCCAGGUAUUUCUAUACUGGAUAAUAUCAUUGGUGCUAUCAAAAAAAGUUACAAAGUCAUUCUUAUUCUAACGGAUCACUUCGUGUCCAGUAAUUGGUGUCAGUACGAGGCAGACCAAGCCGUUAUUAAAUCGUUGAAUCUAGACUCAAAUGUCACAAACUGCGUAAUUCCAAUUAUGUUAGAAGAGUGUUCUAUCCCUGACAAAAUCGACAAUCUAAACUUUAUAGAUAUGACAAUAAAAAGGGAUUUUGUGCAGGAAAUGAUGAGAUUAAAGAAAGUUUUGUUGCCCGGGGAAAAUUGAAACUCGCAAACAUAGAAAUUUAAGUUUGAUAACUCGGGAAACUCGUAUAAAGGAAAUAACCCAUGUUUUGUUCAAGAUAAAAAAAAAAGUUGUAUUUAAACCCUUAAAUUUCUGUGAAGUGGUUAUUUAGUUAGAUUUUUCAAAAUUUAAAAUCGUUUGUCUAAUCUAAUUGUGCAGUGAAUAAAACUAUUAUAUAGUGUGUACAAUCGAAUCGCUUAGAGUUGA